GACCACAGAUCCCAAAAGGGAUUAGACAACAGCCAAUCACAUAGCGCGAAUGUGUUCCGCGUGGAUGACCCACGCUCAGAGCCACGCGUCCCUCACGAAUUGACGCAGAACAAAAUGGUGGAAGACGCGGAGAGCGAUAUUGCUAUUCGCUUUGUCGACGAAAACGACUACAGGGAGAUUUCUCCUCAAGCUGUGUCAGCGAAACGGAAAUUAAAAAAGAAUCACCCUUCCAGGCUUGUUUCUAAGCAUUGUUACGACGUUGAUUCGAGCGAAGUUGAGGGUUCUAGCGAACAAGAUGAUAAAAGUCAGUGCAAGCAAGGAGGAAGCUGUAACCGAAACGGAGAGUGCCAAUGA